AUGGGCACGAUGGCGCCGAAAUGGAGGAUCGCCAUGGGAUGCGAUGACGCUGGUGUCAGCUACAAAAACACAAUCAAGAAGGACUUUGAAGGCGAUGAUCGCGUAGGCGAAGUCAUCGAUGUAGGGUCUGACGAGUCCUCGGACAAGACUCCUUACCCCCAGAGAGCUGCCGCCGCCGCUCGCCUCGUUGCCGAGGGCAAAGCUGACCGCGCACUGCUCAUCUGCGGGACUGGUCUAGGCGUUGCCAUCUCAGCCAACAAAGUCAAAGGCAUCCGUGCAGUAACAGCCCACGAUAGUUUUAGCGUCGAACGCAGCGUUAAAAGCAAUAAUGCCCAAGUCUUAUGCAUGGGAGAACGGGUUGUUGGGCUGGAAGUUGCCAGAAGGCUGGCUACCGAGUGGCUGGCUUACGAGUUCGAUCCAUCCAGUGCGAGUGCUAAGAAAGUGGAGGAGAUUGGACAUUUAGAAGCAUAA